UGAAAUUUUCAUUCCAAGACAAGAUGGUUUCCAGUGAGCUGCAGAAGGGUACCGGCAAUCAUGGACUUUCAAAGUGGCAAUACGCUUUGAUAAUAGGCACUCCUGUAGCUGCUGGCGUCGCGUACUGGUAUUACAGGAGGUUGGGGGACAAGAAAAAGAAGUCUGACGGUUCUAAUCGUGGACCUGCGAAAAAUCCUGAAGUAAACAAAACAGAAUCGAAUCAGACGAAAUGGGCCCCUGAGGCAAACAGCUCCACGAAAAAAGAGGUUAAAGCAGAUGUGGCCUUACCAAAAGACAACUUAGAAAGAGCAAAGUCACACAAAAAUCAAGGCAACAAGUUCUUCAAGGAAGGAAAGUUUGACAAGGCCAUCGAAUGCUACACAGAAGCUAUUGCUGUCUGUCCAAAAGAGUUCACAAACGAAAUAGCUACAUUCUACCAAAAUAGGGCAGCGGCGUUCGAAAACCUGAAAAACUUUGCAGAGGUGAUCUUGGACUGCAGCAAGGCCAUUGAACUGAACAAGACCUACGUAAAAGCCCUGCAGAGGCGAGCCAAAGCGUACGAACUGAAGGACGAACUGAAGAAAUGCCUGGAAGACAUCACCGCCGUGUGCAUUCUCGAAGGAUUCCAGAACCAGAGUUCCCUCCUGGCAACAGAUCGUGUGCUCAAAAAGUUGGGCAAGGUGCAUGCAAAGGAGGUGAUGAAGAACCGAGGUGUACACCUGCCUUCUAAACACUUCAUUUACAACUACUUCGAAUCAUUCUGUGAAGAUCCCGUUGGCGAAGACUUGCGCAAAUUUCGACAAGAAGGGUCUGCAGCAAAGGCUUCUUCGGAACUCAGUGAAUACGAGAAGGCCCUGAAAUGUGUGGCAGAAGAACGGUUCGAGGAGGUCGUGGGUCACUGCACGGCGCAGAUCCAAAAAGGAGCUAGUCCCGAGACGAACCUGGCGCUGCUCUUGAGGGCCACAUUCCAUAUGCUAGGGUGUGCACCGCACAAGGCCAAGGAAGACCUCAAGGCACUUCUGGACAAGGGAGAUGCCGUCGAGACUAAGGUACGAGUGAACGCCAUGGUCAAGUUGGGCACAUUGAAACUGCAUGCGGAGCAAACGGAUGAGGCACUUCUGGAGUUUGGCAGGGCUGCCAAGUUGGACGAGAGAAAUGCAGACGUUUUCCUACAUCGGGGACAGGUUUUGCUGAUGCAAGACCUCAUAGAAGAUACGCUAAAGGACAUGGAAAAGAGUGCAGAGCUGAGGCCCGACUUCCCGUCUGCCUUGGCUCAGAAGUGCUAUGUGCAGUACCGCUGUGCAAUGCGCAACGGCGACCUUCAGCUACGGAAAGAUGCACUUGAUGGCUUCCAGCAGCUGCACGAGAAAUUCCCUCGAUUUCCAGAGAGCUUUCUGCUUUAUGCGCAGCUUCUCACAGAGUUGCAAGAAUUUGAGAAAGCGCAGGACUACUUCCGCAAGGCGCAAGAGAUUGACCCAAGCGACCCAAAUGUCUAUGUGCACAUGGGACUAAUGCAGAUACAAUGGAAGCAGGACUUCAACGAAGCAGUUUCUCUCUUUGAACAAGCUAUUCGGCAAGACAGCAAGUGCCAGUUUGCUUUUGAGUCCCUAGGAUCUUUACAAGUGCAAAGGGGCCUCUUACAAGAAGGCUUGGAGGCGUUUGAGAAGGCAAUACAGCUGGCACAGACAGAAACAGAACUGGCCCACCUCUGCGCUCUGCGGGACGCCGCAGAGGCCCAAGCCAGCGUCGCCGCACGGCUCGGAAUCCCUGUCGGACCGGGGCUUCACUGAGCCUCGUGCCCUCUUUCCCACCGACACCAGAUGUUCCAGCAGAUGUAUAAACAAAAAUUGUUUGUCACGAGGCACAUUGCACGAGCUUGCAGGUAACGCGGGAUGAGAGCGGAGAGAUCGUGGCCUCCAGUAAAGAAAUUUUGAAUAUGAGAUUGGUGGCGACCUGUCUUUGGUUUAAGGAAGCUGCUGGGUAUGGUUUAGGAGGGUCAUGAAUGAGCGCUGUCAUUUAUCCUGUCUGUAUGGGAAUUUAUUCUUAUUAAAAAAGAAGUUGACGAGCGCAGUCUGGCUGCUAAAAUUUGCAUUGAAGGUUGACCACAGUGUUGCCAGCCAAACUGUUGUCUUUCUUUUUUUUUUAGAUCAUGGCAACAAUGUUCUGUGAUGAUUAAACAUGUGCAUGCAUGUUUAUUGCCCGGUUCUAUUAUCUGGUGCAAGCAUGUUUCCCUGUGUAAAUGAAUUAAUGUCUGCUCAUUGGCACCCUAAAGUAUUGUCUGUUCUAACUAAUCAAAAUUAAUUAAUUGGAAGCACUGUACACGACUGGAAAAUUCUGUGUCUUUGCAUACGAUCCUACAGUGCUUGUUCUUGUCCUAGUCACAAACUAAAUCAUAAGUCCGCCUGAACUGUUACAGGAGGGCAUAAUGUGAGCACGCAGCUUGUCCAAAGUAGUUCUAUUUUAAUGAAAAAUUUGAGGCUCUCGAAAGAGAUUUCCGGAAGACAAGUAUACCGCUCUCAAAAACAGUGUGCAAACAGUUCUAGCCCCAUUGUAAAGGACAUCAUUGUGGACAGAACUACAAUGGUUUAUCGGAAUCUGCCCUUGAGCAAGAAGGAGCGAGGUCACAAGGUCAUGCGAUGAGAAAUCCGCGAUCUCGUCUUCCUUCGCAGACGCGUCCAACUUCUUUUAUGUUCGAGGGUUGUGUGUCUGUAGAAAUCUUGCGACACAAAGUAGCAAAAUGGCGUGUAUUCAGUAUUGCAGCCUGUCUCGAGUCACCUACGUAGCUAUGACACCUAACUAUGUUAUGUGUGCAAGUUUAUUACGAGUGUUACUUCCAGUUCCAUCAUAACGAGCGAGAAAGAAUUUUCAUUUCUUGAGUGCCCGGGAACAAACCACGUGUUGCAGUAGGAACUGCCGAUGUGUUCCUGUUUUCAGAGUGAUCCUUUGCAAUGCCACACUCUUUAAAAAAAAGGGUGUACUUUAACUCCUUUUUUUGCCACAUAUAUAACACCCUUUUGGAGAGUACAGUGACGCUCAAAAGGGUGUCUCCUCACUCCCUCUAGGGAGUAGCGUAACACCUCCUCCCUGCCAGGGAGUAAUAUUACUCUCCAGUAGGGAGAAAGGUGUUAUGCUACUCCCUCGAGGGAGUGAGGAGACACCCUUUUGAGCGUAAUUGCACUCUCCAAAAGGGUGUUAUAUAUGGGGCAAAAAAAGGACUUAAAGUACACCCUUUUUUUUAAGAGUGCAGUCUCACAACAUGCUGAGCUCAGUGUGUGUUUUCUGAAGAUCUGUAAGCUUUCGGGAAGGAUUACGUUUAGGUAUCGUGCGUCACUAUUAGACAUUAUCCAGGCUGACGUCGAUGCAAAAACAACUGCACGGUGAAGUGACGAAACACACCUCGAGCAGCUCUGCCCUAUGGGCUGUGUGGCUGACCUUGCAAUGGGGGCUCUGGUGACGACAGCACGAAAAAAGACGGCACCACUUCUCUGGGAGAUUGUAUGCAAAUGUGAAGUCUUUUCUAGAGAAUUGUGUUCACAUUGUGCCUUGUUGUAGCGCUUGUUUCAGGUUCAGGACCAGAAGUUACUAGUACGUACAAAACGAAAGGGAUGCUAAACGACGUUAUGACCAGCUAGAAGUGGUGAAGUCUUUCCACUGUGCUUUCCCAUUCACUUUAUACUAAAUUAUGUCUAUCUUAUAAUUGAACAUUUAAUUUUGAAUGCUCGCAGUAACGAAAGCAUUGUGUUUGUGUUUCAGUGGAUCAGUUUUUAGCUUCGUAUGCUGACAACAAUGUUUCUAGUCUGCAUAUGAUAAUAAAAGAGAACACAAUAUUAUCAUAUGAGA